AUGCUGAUGGAGCUCCCGUUUGGGUUUAGCGCGGCCUGCCCAGGCACUUCUUCUGUUUGCGUGGACCAAAGAAAGGCAGCAGCAAGAAGGCGGACGAGCUCAACCGCCGAGAUCAACAACAUCCAUUGCAGACAGCUCCAGACGAGCACUUCCCAAGCUGCGCUCAAGGGUAACUCCUGCUACAUCGACAGCCGAUCUACUGAAACCUCGUUCAGAGUAGCAUCUAUAUCACCAUGUUUAUCGCACGGUCCGAGUAUGGUGAGUACCGCUUUUAUAGUCCCUCCAGCAUACACCUUCUCGCCAGAAGGCCGUCUUUUCCAAGUAGAGUACUCUCUCGAAGCUAUAAAACUAGGUUCCACUGCGAUCGGAGUUGCUACUUCUGAGGGUGUCGUUCUGGGUGUUGAAAAGCGAGUCACCUCCACUCUGUUGGAGACCUCGUCGGUCGAGAAGAUCGUUGAGAUAGACCAACACAUAGGAUGUGCGAUGUCCGGCCUGCAAGCUGAUGCUCGGUCAAUGGUGGAACACGCACGAGUGGAGACCCAAAACCAUCGAUUCCAUUAUUCAGAGCCGCUAAGAGUCGAGAGCUGUACUCAGGCAAUAUGUGACCUUGCCCUUCGGUUUGGAGAGGGUGCUGAUGGCGAAGAGAGUAUAAUGAGCAGGCCAUUUGGAGUGGCUUUGCUGAUUGCUGGAUACGAUGAGGAUGGCCCGCAGUUGUACCAUGCUGAGCCAUCUGGCACAUUCUACCGUUAUGAUGCAAAGGCUAUAGGAUCCGGAAGUGAGGGAGCGCAGGCCGAACUACAAAACGAAUAUCAUCGUUCUUUGACACUGGCUGAGGCCGAGACUUUGGUUCUCAAGACACUGAAACAAGUCAUGGAAGAGAAGCUCGACGAGAAGAACGUUCAGCUUGCCAGCGUCACAAAAGAGAAAGGAUUCCAGAUCUAUAGCGAUGAGGACAUGGGGCGAGUUGUAUCUACCUUGGGGAGUAAUUAA